GUCGACCAGGUUGCACGCAUACCGCGCAUACAUCUCUCUUAUUCUCCCUCAACCCUCAUAUCAUCUUGAUCAAUAACCAUGGCUGAAGGAGGACGCAGUGGUGGAGCUUACAGCUUCUCUCUUACCACCUUCAACCCUUCCGGGAAGUUGGUACAGAUCGAGCAUGCUCUUGCAGCUGUCUCUCAAGGAACGACAAGUCUCGGUAUCAAGGCAUCGAAUGGUAUCGUCAUCGCAACCGAAAAGAAGGCGUCCUCGAUCCUAAUUGACGACAGCAUGAUUGAGAAGGUGUCUGUCAUCUGCCCGAACAUUGGGAUAGUCUAUUCCGGGAUGGGGCCGGACUUCCGUGUGCUAGUAGGGAAGGCGAGGAAGAGCGCGCAGGCAUACUGGAAGAUGUAUGGGGAGUACCCGCCGGCUAAGGUGCUCGCGCAGGAGAUCGCAACUGUGAUGCAGGAGGCCACGCAAUCUGGUGGUGUCAGGCCUUAUGGUGUUUCACUGCUCGUUGCUGGCUGGGACGACCAUCGCGGACCGUCACUCUAUCAGAUCGAUCCUUCUGGUUCCUUCUGGGCCUGGAAGGCGAGCGCAAUAGGGAAGAACAUGGUCAAUGCAAAGACCUUUCUGGAGAAACGCUACCACGAUGAUAUCUCGUUAGAGGAUGCUAUCCACACCGCCCUGCUCACCCUCAAAGAGGGUUUUGAGGGCCAGAUGACCGAGAAGACACUUGAGAUCGGCGUCAUCACCGUUCCAGAAGGCAACACGCUGACGAUGAAGGACGGGCGCCCUUUACCGACAUUCCGGAAACUCACGCAUGAGGAGAUAAAGGAUUAUCUGUAAAUUACUGUUGCAAUGC